AUGUCCUUCGCCGAGGUCCUCAAGCAAGUCAAGUCGCUCUCGUACGAAACCAUCAUCUUCGACACGGCGCCGACCGGGCACACCCUGCGCUUCCUCCAGUUCCCGUCGGUCCUCGAAAAGGCCCUCGCAAAGGUGUCGCAGCUGUCGUCGCAGUACGGGCCGCUGCUCAACGGCGUCCUCGGCUCGGGCGGCGCCCUCCCCAACGGCCAGAGCCUCGGCGACAUGAUGGACAAGCUCGAGUCGCUGCGCGAGACCAUCUCCGAGGUCAACGCGCAGUUCAAGGACGCCGACCUGACGACCUUUGUGUGCGUCUGCAUCGCCGAGUUCCUGAGCCUCUACGAGACGGAGCGCAUGAUCCAGGAGCUGUCGAGCUACGGCAUCGACACGCACUGCAUCGUCGUCAACCAGCUGCUGUUCCCCGGGAGGGCGAGCGCGUGCGAGCAGUGCAACGCCAGGAGGAAGAUGCAGAAAAAGUACCUCGACCAGUAUGAGGAGCUGUACGCCGAGGACUUUAACGUCGUCAAGAUGCCCCUGCUGGUCGAGGAGGUGCGCGGCAAGGAGAAGCUGGAAAAGUUUAGCGAGCUGUUGAUGAAGCAGUAUAUUCCUCCCGAGUAG